AUGCCGUGCGUGCAGAGCGCGUGUGGCUCCGCGCCGCCGUGCGCCGCGGCGGAGCGCCGCGCAGACAUCCUGACGCCGGAGUUCGUCAAGUUCAGCAUGGAUCUGACCAACAGCGAGCUGUCCGCGGCCACCUCGGGGCCCGGGUUCGCCCCGCCGGGGGAGACGGUCGGCUGCGGGUACGACGUGAAGCCGCCGUGCGUUUUCCAGGUGCCGGCGCCGGCGGAGCUGCCGUGCGUAAAGAUGGAGGAGCGUCACCAGCCAGAGGAGCUGCUGCCUCCCCCGGGCUCAGUGUACUUCUACCGGCAGCCCUCGCCUCACCCCCUCGGCCUGCACGGCCCCGGGGGGCCGCUGUGGGAGGACUCGGGCUCCGUGCUCGCGCUCCGCCACGACUACCUGUCGGCGGCGGCGCACCGGAGAGGCGCGCUGUCCCGGUUCUCGCUGCUCAGUCCCAAGCACGCGCAGAUGUCCGCGAGACUCCCGCAGAGUCCCACGGGGCUGGCUCUGCCCCCGCAGCGGUGCGGGAACGCGGAGGGGCUGUGCGCGGUGUGCGGGGACAGCGCCGCCUGUCAGCACUACGGAGUGCGCACCUGCGAGGGCUGCAAGGGCUUCUUCAAGCGCACAGUGCAGAAGAACGCUCAGUACGUGUGUGUGUCCGCUCAGAGCUGUCCGGUGGACAAACGUCGGAGGAACCGCUGUCAGUUCUGCCGCUUCCAGAAGUGUCUGAGUGUGGGGAUGGUGAGAGAAGUGGUGAGGACGGACAGUCUGAAGGGCCGUCGGGGUCGCCUCCCGUCCAGACCUCGGAGUGGGGGGGACCCCCAGUCGGACAGCGGUUCUCUGCUGAGCGCCCUCGUCCAGGCCCACGUGGACUCGAACCCGGUGCCCUCCCGCCUGGACUACUCGCAGUUCACGGAGCGUCCCCGCAGCCCGGCGGGGGACGGCGGGCAGCACGUGCGGGUCUUCUACGAGCUGCUGAGCCGCUGCAUGGAGGUGACCCGGCGCUGGGCGCAGCGCGUGCCCGGGUUCAGCACGCUGCACGCGCACGACCAGGACCUGCUCUUCUACUCCGCCUUCCUGGAGCUGUUCGUGCUGCGCCUGUGCUACAGGUGCCGGCCCGCGGACGGCCAGCUGGUCUUCUGUGACGGCUCCGUGCUGCACCGGCUGCAGCUGCUGCGCGGCUUCGGGGAGUGGAUGGACGGAAUCGAACAGUUCUCCGCCGAGCUGCAGCGGAUGGACCUGGACGUGACGGCCUUCUCCUGCAUCUGCAGCCUGGCUCUGCUGACAGAGCGUCACGGUCUGAAGGAGCACAAGAAGGUGGAGGAGCUGCGGAGACAUGUGCUGCGCUGCAUGAAGGACUCGCUGGGCUCCAGGUGUGAGUCCGGCUCUAAGUCCGGGUCCGGGUCCGGGCCUGGGCCCCAGUCCUGGUCCCAGUCCCGGUCCCGGCCGGACCAGCUGUCCCGGCUGCUGCAGAAGCUGCACACGCUGUGCAUUCAGGGCCUGCAGAGGAUCUUCUACCUGAAGCUGGAGGACCUGGUUCCCCCACCACCCAUCAUAGACCAGCUCUUCCUGGACACACUGCCCUUCUAG